UCUAAAUUAUGGAUUCUUCUUUGUUCCAAUUUGAAUUCGAACACAUGUCGUGGGGCAACGGCGUCUCCGGACUCCCUUUUAACGUUAACGACUCCGAGGAAAUGCUCCUUUACGGCGUCCUGGCCGAGGGGGCGGCCUCCUCGGGGGAGAGAGCGUAUAGAGGGGUGAGGAGGCGGCCGUGGGGGAAGUUCGCGGCGGAGAUAAGGGACUCGACGAGGAACGGGGCGAGGGUGUGGCUCGGGACGUUCGACAGUGCGGAGGCGGCCGCGCUGGCGUACGACCAGGCGGCGUUCGCGAUGAGGGGGUGCGCGGCGGUGCUGAAUUUUCCGGUGGAGAGGGUGAAGGAGUCGCUGAAGGAGAUGAUGAAGUGUGGGGAGGAGGAGGAAGGAGGCUCGCCGGCGAUGGCGCUCAAGAGAAAGCAUUAUUCGAUGAGGAAGAAGAAUAAUAAGAAGAGUGUGAAUAGGAAAAGAAAGAAUGAUCACAACAAUAGUAGUGCUCUUGUGGUUUUGGAGGAUUUGGGAGUUGAAUAUUUGGAGGCCCUUUUGACUUCUUCCUCAUCACAAACUUAGCUGAUUUUUCAUUUUGUUAUGUGUAUUAGUAAUCAUUUUCUAAUGGUGCUAGCUAGCUCUCUUUUGGUUUAGCUAAUUAAUGGAUUUAAAUGAUGCGUUGAGACCUUCUAUAAUUUUUUAUUGUCUUGUCUAUAGUAUCAUUAGGGGUCGUUCGUUCGGUUGCUUGCGAUUAAAGGUCAUGACUAAUAUUAUCUUUUUGUCUGGUCUGCC